AUGGCUAAUAAUAUCCCCGUUACGAAACAUCUAUCCCACGAUCCGGCGCAAGGCUUCUCUCAUCACGCCGUUAAUAUCGCCUCAGACCGAGAGCCCUAUGGGCCACCUGGUCUGCGUGGUGGUUUGCUCUUUGGUUAUGAUCAAAGUGUUGUGUCGGUGAUUCUGGUCAUGGACCAGUUUCUCGCCAGAUUCCCGCGAAUUGAAAGAGAUCUAUCCAGGCUCGGGCUUUGCGAAGGGAUUGCUGCUUAUGGUUAUCCCAUGUUGACGGUGGCCCAGCUAAUCGGGGGUGUUGGAAUCAGCAUGUUGUCGAUGGUGGCACCAUUGUACAUCUCCGAAAUUAGCAUGUCAGCUGGUCUUCUAUCUCUCUCUCUCUCUCUUUCUGUCUUUCUUUCUUUUCUUGACUGCACAUACGAUAUAGAUUAUGAUUACCUCCUCUCUCCUGCAGUUCCCCCCGAGUAG